AUGACGGCGGCGGAGGAAUCGGGUACGGCCGCGAAGUUCGUUCAUGUUGAGCACCUCUACUCUACCCCCCCUUGCAUCAGCACCAGCGGCGCGUCUAAUGUCAUGUCGAAGAAGGUGAAGGCCAGGAAGGUGAUUGUCGAAGAGGAAGAGGAACGUGUGGCGGCGGUGGCGGAAUCAAUGGCGGCACUAGGGAGUGGGAAGCCGCGGGAUUUUUUCGACGAGGACCAUGCUUGCACGAACACGCCUCGCCAGAGGGCCGUCCAGGUGUACCAUAGGCGCGCCAAGAGACCGCGGCAUUGCCGGAACCGUCCAUCGUUUUUCGAAUCUGUGUCCUGGAAGAUUGAUCCGGGAUCAAGAAUCUCUGGGAACGGCGAUGAGGACGGGGACGACGAUCUGAGGCCUGGAAAGAAGCAGAAGGGUCAGAUGAAACACGAACUUCUUGGAUUGUGUGGGGGGAAUGGGUUUGGAUGCGGGUUCAGCAGACCUCGAAUGAGGGUGAGCAAGUGUACUUAUAAGCGAUUUGUCAGUGGUAGGAGGAUGGUCUCCAGCAAGCAGGGCGUUUCAAGCGGUGUUUCUUCAAGCUCGGUCCCGCCAAAGAGAUGGGUGGAGUAAGAUUUGGUCUUUCGUUCAUGGGUUUUGGCCACCAAUUUUCUUUUUUCUUGUUGCCCAUUUAUUAGGUGGAUGAAUUAUUCUGUUGCAGGUUGACCAGUGAAGAUGCCGACCCGUGUUCUUUAGUCGGCUUAGCAUGCAAGGCAAGUAGCCAUUGUUGAUAUUCUCACCAAUACUAUUGUCCUAUCGUCCAAAUUAGUGAUAAGAAUUUAUGGGAAAUCACAAUUCAAUUUUGUUCGAAAACAGGUUUUUUGGCCGAUGGAUAAUUUGUGGUAUAGGGGCUCAAUCACUGGGUUUUGUCCUGAAAGUGGGCUACACAAAGUACGUCCUGACCUUCAUUUUAGUGCCUUCAGUCUCUUCUUGCAAUUUUAUGCACCUGAGAUUCCUCUCACCUUUCUUUAUUUAAAACACCUUUGUGAUACAUAUCUGGCCGAACCGAGACCCUUUUCAGAGUUUAUUAAUGUUGUUCGGACUUUAAUGUUGUACACUAUCAAUGCAGAUUCUUUACAAGGAUGGUGAUAUUGAGAACUUAAAUAUCGGAAAAGAAAGAAUAAAGUUUAACAUUUCUCGUUCAGAAAUGCAACAGUUGAACCUGAAGCACAGCUCAGAGAAAGAUAUGAUGGUUAAUGACGAAAUGCUUGCAAUGGCAGCAGUUUUGAAUGAUUGCCAAGAUCUGGAACCUGGUGACCUUGUGUGGGCAAAGCUGACUGGUAUCUUUCACACUUUUUUAAUACUUUUGCAUUGUCGUAUGCCAAUCAUAGGCAUUGCGAUCUUCACUCCUAUGACCCUGAAUGAGGACCUGCUAAAUUUCCUUGUCUCACAUUUUUCCUUUAAUGAGAAAGUAAUGACAAGAAAUCUCCUUUGAAAUCCUUGAUUUUUAUACUUUAAUGAGAUGACAAUCCUCUUCAUUCUCCGUCCAUAUUCGAACAGCACUGAUGAUGGCAAACGUCAAUGAGACCUGCUAUCAGUGUCGUACUACAUAAAGUUUGAAAGACAAUUGAAGUGAUCUUGUGGCCGUUAGGGGGUCUUAAACAUUAUCAGUGUUUUACUAAAUAAAGCUUGACAAAAAAUUGAAGUGAUUUUAUGGCCGUUAGGUGGUACUAGAAGAAUAUGACCAUUGCAUCUGAUGUUUGGCGCAUGCCAGCCUGAGGCCAUGCGAGAUAACCGUAUUACACCAAUAUCGAGGAUUUAUUUUCAAUGGUGAAAUCCCAUGAUAAUGCUUUAGAAAAUGCAGCAACCAGGACAUUAUGUCAGUGUCAAUGUGAAAUCUGACGACACAAUGAAUUUAUCGUGGGGCUUAUUGUUUAAGAGAUAAUUGUUUGGGAUUACUGAUGCUAAAAGAAAUAUAUUCCGUUUACACUUCCUACAUGUAGUUCUCAUUCUUUCAAGGUUCCUUUUCUGAUUAAUAACUUAAUAGGAGGAUGUCUUUUCCCACCAGACAGAGUUUUGAUGUCAACAUUGUCUUUCUGAAAUCUAGUGUGGUUUUGAUUCCAAUUGGCAUUCUAAUGAUACUCUUCACAUUUUUUUAACGGAUUCAAAUAUAAUUUUCCGUCUUAAAUAUGUCAUUUUUUCGUUUUAAAAUACAAUAUACUUGUUAAAGAAAUGGGGAAUCAAAAAAUUGACAUUAAAUAGUGUUUUUGUUUAGGCGUUCUUGGAUAUUAUAUAUUGUCACAGUUUUCUUGUUGGUAUCUCAGUGGUUUUUUCAUUGAUGUUUCCAGGGCAUGCCAUGUGGCCAGCUGUUGUGAUAGAUGAAGCAUACGUUGGUGCCAACAGAGUUCUUAAGACGAUGCAAGGAGAGAGAGCAGUUUCUGUUCAAUUUUUUGGAACACAUGAUUUCGCAAGGUUUAAGAUUUUUAGAAAUUUAUUUGUUGUGCUUAGACUAUCUGAGAGCAUACAUUAUCGUUUUUAUAUUGUCUUUUAUAUUGCAGUGAGAUAUAGCAGAUAUUUCUAUAUUUGUCUAUUUUUCUAUUAUUUGACAUCUUUUAUUACGAUUUUUUGGUGCAGGAUUAGAAUAAAACAUGUCAUUCCGUUUCUUAAUGGAGCGGCAUCUGGUUAUCACCUAAAGUGCAAGAAAAAGCGUUUCUGCCAAAGCUUAGAGGAGGCAAAAAUGUAUGGACUUCUGCUUUGAGUUAAUUAUCUUCAUUAUUAUUGGUUUCAUAAAUCGGAUUGAUUUAAUCAUCCGAUUUUGGAUGGAACUUCUUUUUGCGUGCCUUUGCUUUGUGAUGUAUAAUUCCUAAUGAGAUAAAUUAAUCAACCAACUCCACUUCUCCUGAAAAAAAAGGCAUCGACUAACUUCUGUAUCAUGUGAAUUGAGGAAGAAAUAAACAUGUGAUCUGGGUUUGCCUGUAAGGUUGUGACUUCAACCUUGUCCUGCAAUAAAAACUGUGUAUUUGGCACUUGAUCUUGAAUAGCCGAUUUGAGCCUCAUGAUUUACACAAGCAAGAAUCUUAAUAUCUUAGAAAAUGGAGUCUUUUUGACAAGGAUCUGUGGAUGCACAAGACCGUCAGUGCAAUAUGAUCAUUCUUUGGGGACCUUAUCUUCAGAUUCACCUUUAUUUUUACCUAUUUCUAAAUUGUGUGGUAAAAGUUGAUAUAAGUUUAUCUUUUCUGCAGAUAGAAUGAUCCAAUGUUAUAAUGCUUCUGUGUUUUAUAACAAUCUUCUAGUUUUGGGAGUUUUUCUUGAUUUUCUCUUGUGUGUGUUUUGGGAGUGCAACGAAGUUCGUGAUGCUCCGGUUAUCAUGUCAGUAUUUUUUUCGUUGGUCUACUUAAUAGCAUGUUGUUUUCGGACUCUUAAGUUUUGCAGUUGUCUUCAGAAGAGGCAUAAUCUUCUAGGGCUUGUUUUUUUCGUAAUAGGUAUCUUUGCAAACAACAACUUCCAACCAAGAUGUUGCAGCAGCAGAGGGGUGGUGAUAGAGUUGAGGGUGCAAAGGAUGAGGCAGAAUCUGAAUCUGAGCAUGGUUUUUUGGCUGAUGAAGAGAAUCAGAGGAUGAUCAGACACUUGUUCCCUCUCGAGAUUGGAGAUCUUUGUGUGCUAAGCCUAGGUGUAUAUCUACCAUCAAGAUUGUCUACCUUUUCUUGUUUGUAGACUGUUUGGCUUCGAUAUCAGCAUACUAAAAAAAAUGACUUGGAAAUGCCAUAUUUUUUCUUUAGCAUAUCUUCAGUUACUCUGAUUUUUCUCAAUGCUUGACGAUAUUAUUAUAUUUGAACACCUGAUGCUCGAAUUUUUAAGAGAAACGUGUGAAAAAUUUCCAGGAAGUAUUGUACGUGAUUCACAAUAUUUCCAUAACAAAAGGUGCAUAUGGCCAGAAGGAUAUACUGCAUCGAGGAAGUUCUUUUCCAUUAGAGGUGAUCCCUUCAGCAUCCAUGUUUUAUUUUGUACAACGCUGUUAAAGGCUAAAAGCUGAUCUUAUUCUUUCCUUUACACUAUUUUAUGGAUAUUCUUUCCUUUUUUCCCGUAUAUCGCAACUGGGAUUUUUCUCAUACUUUUUUGGUAACAGAUCCAAAUUUAAGCCACUUAUACAAGAUGGAGGUUCUGAGGAACCCCAAAGCAAAAUCCCGACCCUUAUUUAGAGUGACUCCGGAUGAUGGUGGUCAGGUAUUAGUUCACCGAUUUCAGAAACAGAAUACUGCUUUCUUGAUUCUAUUCUAAAGCUUUGCUGAGGUAACAUCUGGUGGCUAGAUUUAUAGGAAACUUUGUUUUUCAGGCACCAGUUUAUCUUAGUAGUGACAAAGAGCAUAUCAUCGGCUGAUGCUUCUGCAUUGUAGUAUCUUUGUGCUGCAAGAACCAGAUACCUUCAUGGAUUACAUAGUUGUCCUUCUAGUUUACAAUUGUUUACUGUGCAUUUUAGUUAGAUUUUGUGUGAUGUUUAUUUUAUUUAGCCAUUUAGUUUCAGAAUCUGCACAAUAGGGAUUGGUAGUUUGAAGUAUGUGAAUUGUUUGAUGGUUAUAUGGGUUCUCUCACUGCAUUAUGCACUGAAAAACAUCUAUUGUAUGGUUUAAUUUGUCCCAUUUUAUAAUUUUUAGUAAAGUGUCACGUUGAGUCAAUUAUUUAAUCAUUUAGAGAUUGCUGAAAAGAAAGCUAUCUGUUUUUUAGUUUCUUGUGAUUAUUUUGCAGUGUAACUUUAGCAUGUUGAAAAUACAGUCAGCUCUUCCUUUUUUGAAAAAAAAUCGUUUAAUUACCUUCGCAAGCUGCUUUAACCUUAUUGUAUAUUCUAUAUUUCAUUUUUUGGCAUUCCAGGUUGAGGGAUCAAAUCCCAAUGCUUGCUGGAGGGAAAUUUUUAGCAGAAUAAAGAAGAAAAUGUUUAAACGUCGCAAUGUCGUGAUUGAGGAACGCAAGUUCCAAAAAACUGGUUCUCAAAUGUUUGGCUUUUCUAAUAGAAAGGUUUCCCACCUCAUUCAGGCAUGUAUCUCCAUCAGAUUACUCAUCUUAUAAGCACUUUCUUUCUGCAUGGGUUUGCUAGUUCAUUCAAUAUGCUAGAAUUUGUGUAAUGAUCAACUACCUUUUUUUUGGGAUUUUCGCACACGCAAUGGUGUUUUUUCCCCAUUGUCAAGUGAUGCUUUCUCCCGGCAAGGGUACAGUUUAUGAAUUAGUUGCUGUAAAUAUUUAGUAUACAAAAUAGUGAUAGUAACUAAUAUACAUUAGACGCUGCCCAAUGAUCACAUUCAUAGUUCAGUUCAUGCGUGGGCUUCAGGGUUACUAAAUGGAUGGGCUUUUCUGGUUAAAAGGGAAAUUAUGAAUAUUAAUUUUCCUCUUUUCAUUUAGUUGAAUCAUCGUAAAUAUUCUGAGUUCAGUUACUUCACAUUUGAUCUUAUAAUAAUGAACCUACCUGAGUAAGUCAUCAAUUUAUACUUUCUUCACGAAAGUUGCUCUAUACGUUCUACUUAGGUGCACUUUUAUUGCCCAUUUUUUAUUACUUUUUCACGAAGUUUAAAAGCUUCAAGUAAUCCACACAAUUAUGUGAUUCUUGUGUCUAAGAUGAUUUACUGCUCCCGCUCCCCCUUAAGAUAGGCGCAAAGUUCUAACAUUAAAUUAUGUCUAUAUUUCUUAGAAAUAUUGGUUGACUGCUUUCACUGGUGGUUUAUCCCUGUGAAAAAUUAUUCCUGGCAGAAGAGACCGAACAAUUCUCAUGCGAUACUAGCAGGACAUAGAAGUUCAUUAGUGGACUGGGUACAUGGUAAUAAAAUUGGAUGAGGUCCCUGAAUUGAGUAUCAUCUACCAAUUUGGAUCGAAUCAGAUCAGUGAAGAUAGUCUGGUCCUGGGAAAAUCAUCCGAUCUGCUAAUUUUUUUUAAUAAAUUACGCACUCAAGACAAUUUUACUUAAAUAACUCUAUUGCAUUACCGUAUUAUGUGUAUUCAAAUGUAAUGCGAACUCUAAUUAACCUUCUUUCGUUGUCGUCUUUCUUCUAUUAUGUUUUUUCCCCCUGGCAGUCUUUCCUAUUCUUCUUUCUGGAACCUUUAACCUUUGUUGGCAUUUGUUACGGUGCAACCCUUGUUUUCUUUGGGGCAGCUGCACAAUGGCUACUUUGUUGAUAGAAAUGGGCUGGGUUUAGUUCUGGCUUUUCCCACCCCACUUUUUCAUUUUCAGUUGACAAUUAUAAUUCAUCAAUAAAAUUGGAACGGAUGUGGUAGAUUUUGAUUGAUAUGAUCUUUUGCAUCAGAAUCUGCCUAUUUUUUGGUCCUAUGGCCUGAAAUGAUUCAUAUACUGGGCUUAUUUUGAACAACUUUUAUGAAAGGGAUUUGUAGAGGUUUUCUGUCUGGUGGGCUGUCUGUGUAUCGUUAUAGCAUGAAAAAUCAAAUAUAUCCUUGUAAAUUGUUGUUUUUAAUUUCAAAAUGGUUAUGCAUAGUUUCAAUUUCAUCAUGUUCUGAAAAAAAAACAUAGAUUAUUUUCCUAUUUUCGACUGGCAAAGAGAACUGAAGACGCGCUUAUUUUUUAUGGCCUGUAACUAGAGCUCGCUUGGUUGCCAACCUGAUGCCUGGUUGCAUGUGAAUAAUGCAUGAAACUGUGGUAAACAUGGCCAUUAGUGGCCAUGUCCUGGAUAGAGUAGAGUGUCCCUAGAAUUUUGUCAAAUGUCCCUUAUGAAUAUGUCUCGAUGUCUUUUUAAUUUCAGGUGACACUCCUUGCUACAUGAUUAUCUUGGAGUACUGCUCUAGACUGGACUUGAAAUUUUGUACUCAGAAUUAAAACGCCACUUUGUAUUUUUUUGUUGCGAACUGCUUGAUGCUAGUUUUGUUGAUAGACUGCAACAAAUUACUUUUGGUUCCAAUUAUCAAUCCUUUUUUGUUCAGAGGAUAAUUUACAGUUUGAUAAUGGUAGGUAAUAGUCUUGUGGAUGUUAUCUUUAAAAAAAAAAAAGGCUAUCUUUCAAUUAUUUCCUUAUAUUUUAAUAGUUGUAGUUCUCUAGGGAUUGUAGCCACACUUUAAGGAAUCGCAUGAACGGUAGAUUUAUCAGGUGUUGACACCCUGCCAAGAGAGAUUAUGAAGCACUUGCCUGGCAAAAAGGACGAUUAUUUAUUCUGUUGGUGGAUUUUUUUUUAUUACAAUGGAUGCGGCUGGAUCUAAGAACUGAGUAUUUUUUCCCCUUUUCAGGCGUUGGCAAGUGGUGGUUCACGCAUGAAGUACAGCAAACUUCCUGAUUUACCAGGUGGUUAUAGACCUGUUACUAUUGGUCAGAGGGAUCUUGAUAGAUGUGAUGUUUGCCAUAUGGAUGAAGUAAGACACUUUCUGGCGGUUGUCAUAUUUCUUAAUUCAUGUAUCCUGUGUCAGAUAUAUUUGUACUUGUUGCAUAGUUGUUGCAUGUGUACCAAUACAUUUAUUCUGUGGCUGCUUUAAUAGAGGACAACGCUUAAGUCUUAUGCUUGGUUUAGAUAAAAAUCGUUUACUUGUUGGAUGGACGACUUCUUACACAACCGCGCUAAAUAAGGUCUUAGAAGUUCGUCUAGAAAUAUUACUUAAGAACUUUGCAUUAUUCAUAGAUUCAUAGCUUUCUGUUGGAUGCCUUGGUCUUUAACUUCCAAGAAUUUUGCUCGAACAUAAAAACGAUUUAAUUACCCUGAUAGGUGCCCUCUCUUGACUAGUAUCAAAAGUGUCUUGCACAUGGUUUCAGCUACUUGAACUGCAGCUUUUAGCUAUACUCUUCGAUUUCAAUGCGAUAUCACGAAACUUGUCUUGGGUUAAUUGUUCUGUCCCUAGAAUUUGUUAAAGGUGUUUUUUUUUCUUUAUACAAUGCUUUGUAUUUUUGCCCCAGGCUGGAUGGCACCUAGUUGGGCCAUUGUUUGCUUUUGUUCCAACUAAUCAUUCACAUUCAACUUACUAUAAAGAAAAAAAAUCAGUUAUUGCUGAUUAUAUAUAAUGGGGAAGCGCCCACCGUCAUAGUCUCCACAUUGUAUAUAUGCUGUUUCAAGAACUGUUUUGCAUUGAUUACUACGAAGGUAAAUACAUUAUGAUAAAGGCUGUUUAUCUAUUUUUACCUGCUAGUUGUGAGUUCGAUGUCAAGAUCACUUUGACAUGAUGUCUAGGCUGAUGAUUGUUAUUGGAUUGCAUGCAACUCCUUUUUCCUUGGCAACAUGACAAAGUCAAAUUUUGCUUGUAUGUGAGGUGCUAUGCUAUGAAUAAUUUCGGUCAUUGUCAAUUGUCAGCUAACAGCGUGCAGGAUACUACAUGAUAGUAAACCCGGUCUACUCUGGUCAUUGUCAAUUUGUUUUGAGUUGGAUCGCGUCAUAAUUUUAUGAUGUCCAUUUAUUCGAUUCUUUCUGCAAAGAGCCUUAGAAAUGAAUAACACAAGGGGAUAACGAUUCAUGAUCAAUAAAAGGUUUAUCCUGUUAGAACGUGUACAUGUGCAUUUAUGCAUUUGCUGUGACAGUUAAUUAUUAACAUUGUUCUGUUAUGGUUAUUAUUGUUUUCUUUAUUUACCAAAACACCAACUGAAAUUAUGCAUUUUUUCUUCUUCUUAGGAAUAUGAAGACAACUUAUUUUUGCAGUGUGAUAAAUGUCGAAUGAUGGUAAGGAUAUUCUCUUCUUAUGAUUCAGAAUGUCACCUGCAUUUCUUUUUGUUACGUUUUACUUGUGCUCCUCAGGUUCAUGCAAGAUGCUAUGGUGAAUUGGAACCGAAGGAUGGGUCACUGUGGCAUUGCAACUUAUGUCGGCCUCAGGCUCCUAAAGUUCCUCCCAGAUGCUGUCUUUGUCCGGUUACAGGUAAGUUUGUAGUCAUUUAAAUAAACUAGUAGAAAAUAGUUCUUAAGCGGAUGUGGGCGUUUACUCUUUGUUUAUCAGGGGGUGCCAUGAAGCCUACAACUGAUGGCCGGUGGGCUCAUCUGACGUGUGCGAUCUGGAUACCGGGUCUGUAAUGAAUUUUCUAAUAUGAAUAUGCGUAUCAUUUGCCCAUUUUCCUCUAAUUAGUAUUUUCUGUAUGAUUGUGGACAGUUUUUGAAUAUUUAUUUGCCAAAUUUCUUAUGCAGAAACUUGUUUGCUUGAUGUCAAGAAAAUGGAGCCCAUUGAUGGGCUGAGUAGAAUCAAUAAGGUGACUCUUUCUUGCAUUCAUUUAUUUGCUAGAAGGCAUCCUUUUUUAUGGAAGUGACGUGUCUUUUCAUAACAUCUUGUUUUAUGUCUUUGCAGGAUAGAUGGAAGCUUUUAUGUAGUAUUUGUGGUGUUCCCUAUGGAGCUUGCAUCCAGGUUGUUGUCGUUGAGCUAUUAUUUAAAGCGCCUUAUGGAUUUUACAAUUUAUUAUUCGUCACAUACAUAAAAAAAAUUCCCUUUAUUUCAUGGAUAUUGUUUAUAGUCAUCACUGUCAAUUUUUCUAUUAAGGUUUAUCUUAGAGAUUCAAAUGUGGGUAUUUUAAAACACCUGCCAUUUAAUUGUUUAGUGUAGGAAUAACUAACGUUGAUGGUAUUGUGCCCAGUUUAUUUACAAGUCUACCUGAUUCUAUGCAUCAUUAAAUGGAUUAUGAUCCUAUUCUAGGUUCCACAUGUCGGUGUCUUAAUUACUUCUAGUUCAUUUUCAAAUCAUCCAUUUGAAGAGAAUGUUUUCAUAAAAGUAAUUUCAGCAAGAGCAGCUGUUGUUUUGCCACUAUGGAUAUUUGAAUCUUAUGAUUUGUUCAAGCAUGAUGAUGCUUACCCAAGUUUUCUAUUCAUGAUGUUUUUUUAAUAUGAAUUAUCUGUGCAAUCUAGGCAUUAUAUAAUAUUUUUGGGUUAUAUGAUUAUAACUGUGCUUAUGAAUGACUAGGUGUUAUUUUUAUAAUUACUCCAUGAUUAGAACCGGCCUAUUGUUUAGCAAUGUGUGUCUUUUUGACUUGUGAUGUUUUAUUUUGGGUUAGUCAUCAUUACAUAUUGUCGGACUGAUGUUUACCAAGUUCUGAUGGUACAUUAAUUAAUUUUAGUGCUCAUGAACUUACACUGGUAGAAUGCAUUAGUUCGUUAAUUGUUUUUUCCAAAACUUAAUUUUUUCUUGAUGCUUUUUGGUUUUGGAACCUCUAUGUGUUGUUCAUUCUGUUUAGAACAACUUGUCAUAUUUCCUUCCAAAUUGGUGAGAGGUUUCAUGGUACCACUCAAUAGAUUUGCUGCUGUUGUUUUAUAGAUAUUAUGCAUUAUAUACUUCUAAGCUUUUCUGACAAUUUCCUUUCAGUGCUCCAAUAGUUCUUGUCGUGUUGCGUACCAUCCACUCUGUGCACGUUCUAGUGGUCUUUGCAUUGAGGUAACUAUUUUGAAAUCUUAUUUUUUCUUUCUGUGACUUGACCGCAUUGAUGUGCUGUUGAGCUUCUCAUCAAAACAUUUUUUUGCAUUUGGCAUUAACUUCACUUUAUUGUGUUGUACAUGUAGCCCGAGGAUGUGGAUCAACUUCACCUUAUGUCUCCAGACGAGGAUGACGACCAGUGCAUUCCUCUACUUUCCUUCUGUAGGAAGCACCGACAACCAUCAAAUGAGUGUUCACCUGCUGAAGAAUGUCAUACACUAUCUGCUCAACCUUGCUCCGCCUAUGUUCCUCCGCAUAAUCCCUCAGGCUGUGCACGAAGUGGUAUAUUGUGCUACCUUUGAUUGCCUUCUCUGGAUAAUGUUUCUCUUUCUGUAUUUAUAAACAUUAUGAAAUCCUUGUAAUGACGUUCACUCAUAGUGUCUCAUAGAAUUUGGCAUGUAUCCAUGGCUAUCCGGGUCUUUCAACAAUCAGAGCAUUAGUUGAAUAUCUGGUUUCCUGCAAUGAUACUUUAUCAUACUACGUCAAAGUCAUCUGAUAUCUCAUUGGUUGGUUUUGACUUGGUUUUAAGCUUCAUCAAAAAACUAGCGGAAGAGUGUUACGUAGUAGAUAAAGUGGUAGUCUUUUGUGAUAUUGAAAAUCGAGUGGGAUUUCUAUCACUAAUGCAUUCCUGUGCUUUUAUUAGUAGAUACAUUACCAGAACUGCGUAAAAACCACUUGAUGUGGUCUUGAGGGACGGGGCCUCGUUUUUUCUGUUCCAGUAUAGUUUGCAAAGUUUAUCAGCAAGAAUCUGGAUUUUUUUUAUUUGACGAGUAAAUCUUAAAUUAUCUAUCAAAUGACCUUUUGCUGUUUCAUGUAUAUUCCCUACCAGAGCCUUAUAAUUUCUUUGGGAGAAGGGGUCAGAGAGAGCCACAAGUCCUUGCUGCAGCAUCGGUUAAGCGUUCUUUCGUAGAGAACAGGCCAUACUUGGUUAGUGGUUGCCUGCAAAAUGGUGUGGAGUGCAGCCCAUCUCAUGUUGAAUCAGGAGGAAAGCUGCCUUUACAUUUACCUUCCAACUCUAUUACCUCAAUUGCUGAGAAGUACGUCUACAUGAGGGCUACAUUCAGAAAGAGACUAGCAUUUGGUUAGUAUUUGCAUGUACUUGUCUAAUCAUGCGCUUAUUUUUUGGUGGAUUCCUAUCUUCAUCUCGUCUCUUAGCAUGUUCUAUUGGCAUCUUUCCUGGUGUUGUUUUAUAUGCCAUCUCAGUAUCUCAUAUUGUAAUUCUUUUCAAGGUGUAUCCUCAGAAAACGAACUAGUUACAUGUCCCAAAAGGAUUAUUUAUUAAAAGCAUCAAUGGGUUGGAGUUUUUUCCUGCCUUUUAAAUUGAAGCAAUUUUGUUGAUGUAGUAUAUCUCGAACAGGAGACAUCUUUGCAAAUAUUGAAUUUUGGUUCAAAUCUUAUUUGUUGAACUUAAUUAACAGUCUAGAAGUAGCGGUUAGGAUUGUUAUCAUCAUGGGAGAUGAAAAAUUGCACGACCGCUCCGUGAACAAGGAGCGCCCAUCAACACGUAGCACUCAAUGGGUGUGGGUUGUGUUUCAAUGUUCAAGCUGUUUCAUCAGCGAAUCUGUCUUCCACUAUUUUUAUUUGUGGGAACUGAUUAGAAGGAAGCAGCCUGCUUUGACUGACAUAUUCUAUGUGAUAGCCGCAGCCAUUUUUAUUAUUUAUUUCUACCGCGUUUUGAGGAAUUUGACCUUUGAAUAUGCUAUACUUGUUGCAGGAAAGUCAAGGAUACAUGGGUUUGGUGUAUUUGCGAAGCUUGGACACAAAGCUGGGGACAUGGUUUGCUGCUUUUAGUUUCUUUUGCAUCUCUUUAUUUGGUGCUUGGGUGGGGUCGUCGCACUAAGUACUUAUGUAUUUGGAUGCAGGUGAUUGAAUAUACUGGAGAGACUGUAAGGCCUCCAAUAGCUGAUCAACGGGAACAUUUAAUAUACAACUCACUUGUGGUAAGGAUUAGCUUCAAUUGUCUUUGUCGUGCUGGGCCCUGAGAGCCGGAGUAGUAUUCGCUUGCUUUCAUUCUUGUUAUAUGUUAAAUAGAAUAAAUUUCCAUUUGACCCAUCUCAUUGUCUUUUUCCAUUUAAUUUCCGCGGGACUACAUUUUUGUCUGCUCUGCUUCAUUUUCUCCUCUGCCGUUACCGAGUAUCAAGAAUUAGUGUAUCUUUCUAUCUCACGCUGUAAUCUUUUUGUAGUGUUUGUCUUAUUCGCUUUUAUCUUCCAAAAAAUAAACUUGUGGAACAUUGGGCAAAUGAUUGGGGGAAACCUUGGAGGUUUCUCUAGUGCUUUGGUAUUAGGCAUACAGUAUAAUCGCAAGCUGGGGGAUGGCAAAGAAUACAUCAGUUAAUUGAAAACGAACUUGUAUUAAAGAAGAUUUCUGUGCUGAUAUACAUCUCCCUCUAGAUAGCUUCAGUCAUGUGCCUUGGUUAAUGAGAUAGAAGAAUCUGAGGCAUCUAGAUUCUAAGUGUGCUUGGAAACGUCUGUUCAUUGUUCCCAUUCAGGGAGCCCCCAUAUUUAACUGUUUUUUUUCACUCAUUGCGAAACUCUCCCGAAACUGUUUUCUCUAGACGUGCUAAGAUGAGGUUUAGAUGAUUUGAUGUGUCUCAUACGAUAAAAUGGCGGGAACUUUCCUCCAUGUUCAUCAUUGAGAUAAGAUGUGUUAAACGCACUGUUGUAUCCGUGAUGAGUUGAAGGGAUGAUUUCAAAUCGUAUGAAAGGCUUUCUGUAGUACGAGUAGUGCUAUGCUGACGCUUUGUAUUUGUGUAUUUGGUUCCCUUGUAUAUCAUGUAAUGAGUUCCCUCCUGUAUUUCUUAGUUUUUCUCAUGAUUUUAUGUCCUUUCCUCUUGUGGACUAUUCUCUGGCUGUCUAUUUUCAACUGUUGCUUCAGUAUUUUUUCUAAUCAGAAAGGUCUGAGAUUGUAGGGUGCUGGGACUUACAUGUUCCGGAUAGAUGAUGAGCGUGUCAUUGAUGCAACAAAAGCUGGAAGCAUAGCACAGCUGAUCAACCACUCAUGCGAGGUAUACAUCUCCUCGUUUAUAAGAAUGUUUUAAAAAGUUGUUUACUUGCUCCUGUUGGCUGUUCAACGACCAAAGAAAAAAAACCCUUACUGCCUUCUGUAAGUUCAAUUUGAGGAACACCCAAAUUUCACUCUGCUAGGUAAUAUAUAUUCAAUUACGGAAAAGAUCGUGCCAUCAUUUUUAUCCAUUUUUUUUUAAAUAGGAUAAAUUGGUCCAGAUGUCAAUCAGUUCCCAGUGUCGAUGACAAAUAGAGGGGCAUUUGUUACCUGAACUUUGUAAAUUUUAUUAAUUUUUAGGAUAUAUGAGAAAAUAUUUCAUUCCCUGGUCAAGAUUUGGCCCUCCAUCACUGGUUUUUAUCUGCAUUUGUUUGCUUGUGUAGAUUGAAUGGUCCUUUUUUAUUGACAUCUUUCUGCAGCCUAACUGUUACUCAAGGGUAAUCAGUGUGGAUGGUGACGAGCAUAUUAUAAUAUUUGCAAAAAGAGAUAUUAAGCAGUGGGAGGAACUAACCUAUGAUUACAGGUUUGGAUGUAACCAAAUAUUUUAUCUAGCAUUGUUUUUGUCACCUUCUGAAUCUAGAAAUCUGAAUAACCUUUUUCUGUCACUGGCAGAUUUUUUUCAAUUGAUGAGCAACUUGCUUGCUAUUGUGGCUUCCCAAGAUGCCGAGGAGUUGUUAAUGAUGUUGAUUCUGAAGAGAGAGUGGCAAAGAUAUGGGUUCCUCGUUCUGAGCUGAUUCCCUGGAGUGGAGAAUGA